AGACUUUAGCGGACCGCCUGACCGCGGUAGGUCCGCGCUCGGGUCAGCUGCCGGAGCGGUUCGGAGAUGCAGGCGGCCCGGAUGGCCCCGAGCGUGGGGCGGCAGCUGCGGAGGCUGGGGCUCGGAAGAUCGCCGCCCCGUGCGCUCCUGUGGCAGCCCCCGCCCGGUCCGGCCCGCCGACCCUAUGCCAGCGGGGCCGCUCAGGCCGUUGUGGAGAAGUCCGAUUCCUUCCCCCCCGAGGCUUCGACCAGGGAGAAACAGGCCAAGGCGGAAUCGAAGUCCUUUGCUGUGGGGAUGUUCAAGGGCCAGCUCACCACCGACCAGGUGUUUCCCUACCCGUCUGUGCUAAACGAGGAGCAGACACAGUUUCUCAAAGAGCUGGUGGGGCCGGUGUCCCGUUUCUUCGAGGAGGUGAACGAUCCUGCCAAAAAUGACAUGAUGGAGAAGGUGGAGGAGACCACCAUGCAAGGCCUCAAGGAGCUGGGGGCCUUUGGUCUGCAAGUGCCCAGCGAACUGGGUGGUGUGGGCCUCUGCAACACGCAGUACGCCCGCUUGGUGGAGAUCGUUGGCACACAUGACCUUGGCGUGGGCAUCACCCUGGGGGCCCAUCAGAGCAUUGGCUUCAAAGGCAUCCUCCUCUUUGGCACAAAGGCCCAGAAAGAAAAAUACCUCCCCAAAUUGGCAUCUGGGGAAACCAUAGCUGCCUUCUGUCUAACCGAGCCCUCCAGUGGUUCCGACGCAGCCUCCAUCCGAACUUCAGCCGUGCCCAGCCCCUGUGGGAAAUAUUAUACCCUCAAUGGAAGCAAGAUUUGGAUCAGUAACGGGGGCCUGGCAGAUGUAUUCACGGUCUUUGCCAAGACACCAGUCACAGACGCAGCCACGGGGGCCGUGAAGGAGAAGAUCACAGCUUUCGUGGUGGAGCGGAGCUUUGGAGGUGUCACCCAUGGGCCCCCUGAGAAGAAGAUGGGCAUCAAGGCCUCGAACACGGCAGAGGUGUACUUUGACGGAGUACGGGUGCCGUCAGAGAACGUGCUGGGCGAGGUGGGGGGCGGCUUCAAGGUCGCCAUGCACAUCCUCAACAAUGGAAGGUUCGGCAUGGCUGCGGCCCUUGCGGGCACCAUGAGGGGCAUCAUUGCUAAGGCGGUGGACCAUGCUGCUAAUCGUACCCAGUUUGGGGAGAAAAUUCACAACUUUGGGCUGAUCCAGGAGAAGCUGGCCCGGAUGGCUAUGCUACAGUACGUGACUGAGUCCAUGGCUUACAUGGUGAGUGCCAACAUGGACCAGGGAGCCACGGACUUCCAGAUCGAGGCCGCCAUCAGUAAAAUCUUUGGCUCGGAGGCAGCCUGGAAGGUGACCGAUGAGUGCAUCCAGAUUAUGGGCGGCAUGGGCUUCAUGAAGGAGCCUGGGGUAGAGCGUGUUCUCCGAGACCUUCGCAUUUUCCGGAUCUUCGAGGGGACCAACGACAUUCUCCGGCUGUUUGUGGCUCUGCAGGGCUGUAUGGAUAAAGGCAAGGAACUUUCUGGAAUUGGCAAUGCUCUAAAAAAUCCCUUUGGGAAUGCCAGCCUCCUGCUAGGAGAGGCAGGCAAACAGCUGAGGAGGCGGGCAGGGCUGGGCAGUGGCCUGAGUCUCAGUGCUGUCAUCCACCAGGAGCUGAAUCGGAGCGGAGAGCUGACAGUGAAGGCUCUGGAGCAGUUUGCCGCUGUGGUGGAGGCCAAGCUAAUAAAACACAAGAAGGGGAUCGUCAAUGAACAGUUCGUGCUGCAGCGCCUGGCAGACAGUGCCAUUGACCUCUAUGCCAUGGUGGUAGUUCUGUCCAGGGCCUCAAGAUCCCUGAGCGAGGGCCACCCUACAGCCCAGCACGAGAAGAUGCUCUGUGACAGCUGGUGUAUCGAGGCGGCAGCCCGGGUCCGGGAGAACAUGGCUGCUCUGCAGUCUGACCCACAGCAACAGGAGCUGUUCCGUAACUUCAAGAGCAUCUCCAAGGCCUUGGUGGAGCGAGGUGGCAUGGUCACCAGCAACCCCCUGGGCUUCUGACCGCUCCCCGCCACCAGGGCCUGGCCUGGCACAUGCCUUCUUGAGCCCAGCGCCCCCCACAAGUCCUGGUUCUGCCUUAAAGAGGGCCUGGCCCAGCGCCCCGCUGCUCUC